UUUUUAAAGGCCGUUAAAUAUAAAGGAAUUGUUACAGAAUAGACCCCAAUAAAAAAUAAUAAUGAAAACGGGUUCUUUUUCAGUAAAAUUCACAUUGAUAUCAAUAUAUCAGUAGACCAAUAGCCAAAUCAGUAGAUAUACCGAAAAAUCAGUCGACCUGACAACACUGGUGUGAAACUGCCUUUGAAGUUUUGGCGAGGUGAACGUUAUGGGUGAAUAUCACGUGAACGUUGACUCGCGUAAAUAUGCCACGGAAAGAGAAGGAUUUCUAGGGAAUUUGGUAUUUUUGUUAUGGUACCUAUGUCAUUGGCUUUUUCUUUUCUCGCCUUCUCUUUUCUCUUCAUUUGUUCAAUUGUUCAUUUCAGUCUUCUUUAUUAAAUGAGAAUCUGCGAAUGUAAAAGCGUUUGUAUCCGAGGUCAGAGGUAUUUAUAAAUCGUUAAAAAUUUCUUAUAAAAGUUUUGAAAUAGAAGUGUAUCAAUAUUUUGAAAGUACAUUGAUAGUUACUGGUUGCUAGUGCACAUACAGAUAUCCAAGUCUACCUGCGAAUAAGAAUUAUACGAACACUAUAAGUCUUAUCCUACACAUUGUAGAAUUUUUGGGUUUUAUAAACCCCUUUUUUCCGAAAAAUUCGACAUUCACAAAUGAUGACGGAAACAUUAAAAUCGAAUAAUCAUGUCUUGGGACUACCUGGUGCAGUAGAUUUUGACAAUAAGAUGGAUGACUUGGGAUGGAAAGCCAAACUGAAAAUUCCACCUAAAGACCGACGAAUACAGACAAGUGAUGUGACUGACACAAGAGGAAAUGAAUUUGAAGAAUUCUGUCUUAAAAGGGAGCUGUUAAUGGGAAUUUUCGAGAAAGGUUGGGAGAAACCAUCUCCCAUACAAGAGGCCUCAAUUCCCAUAGCUCUCUCAGGAAAAGAUGUACUUGCUAGAGCGAAAAAUGGAACAGGAAAGACUGGUGCAUAUAGUAUCCCUGUGCUGGAACAAAUUGACCCAAAAAAAGACUGCAUUCAAGCAUUAAUCAUAGUGCCCACAAGAGAAUUAGCACUACAAACGUCACAAAUAUGUAUUGAAUUGGCAAAAUACUUAGAAGUACGUGUCAUGGUGACAACUGGUGGUACAAAUUUGAGAGAUGACAUUAUGCGUAUAUACCAAAAAGUCCAAGUUAUAAUUGCCACUCCGGGUCGUAUUCUAGAUUUGAUGGAAAAAGGUGUUGCUGUUAUGGACCAGUGUAAAAUUCUUGUACUAGAUGAGGCUGACAAACUACUUUCUCAAGAUUUCAAGGGAAUGCUCGACACUGUGAUUAAAAAUCUGCCACAAGAAAGGCAAAUCUUAUUGUUUUCUGCAACGUUCCCAUUGACAGUUGAACAAUUCAUGAGGAAACACCUACGUGAUCCAUAUGAAAUCAAUCUUAUGGAAGAACUUACUCUGAAAGGUGUUACACAGUAUUACGCUUUUGUUCAAGAAAGGCAGAAAGUCCACUGUUUAAAUACUCUAUUUUCCAAGUUACAAAUAAAUCAAAGUAUUAUAUUUUGUAAUUCUACUCAAAGAGUAGAAUUGCUUGCUAAGAAAAUCACAGAACUUGGUUAUUCUUGUUACUACAUUCAUGCAAAAAUGGCACAAGCCCACAGAAACAGGGUAUUCCACGACUUCAGAUCUGGUUUGUGCCGAAAUCUAGUCUGUUCAGAUCUGUUCACAAGAGGUAUUGAUGUGCAAGCAGUAAAUGUUGUGAUAAACUUUGACUUCCCAAAAAUGGCAGAGACGUAUCUCCAUCGUAUAGGCAGAUCUGGCAGAUUCGGACACUUGGGUAUUGCCAUCAACUUGAUCACGUAUGAUGACAGAUUCUCCCUCCACCGCAUCGAACAAGAACUCGGAACUGAGAUCAAACCAAUUCCGAAGGUCAUCGACCCCAAACUUUAUGUCGCCAAAAUGAGUUGCGAUGAUGACGAAAUCGAACCAGGGAAGUAAAGGGGUGACUUAAAGUUAAAAAAUUAUAACUCGUGUACAUAGGUUUCAAAUGGAAAGAACUGAUAAAAGAACUUUUUAAUUUCCUUAUAAAAGAAGAUAUUUUUUGUUCGAAUUUUUUAUACACAGUGAAAAUUUAUGGGAUUAAUCUACUAUGAAAACAAAAAAAGUGCGGUAAAUAUGAUGUGUGAUAGUUAUUGCAAUGAGAAGACUUAAAUAAGUAGUUCCAAUGUUACAAAUAAGCAUUGCGCACUAUUAAACCAAUCAAUAGGAUAUAUGUAUUUUUUACGCAACAAAAAACAUUUCUAACGUUAAUAUUUAUAAAUUUAUGUACGAUGUACAAAAAAGUAUCUACAUAUUGUAAAAUUUCAGAAACAUUUGACAGAUUCGUUUUAUAUUUUUUGAAUUCAUUACUGAAGUUAACGAGUAUAUUUAUAAAAAAACGUGAAUAGUCCAAUGGGCGAAAAAUAUUAAAUAUAUACACAUCAGUUGUUAACUGAACAGUAAUAUAUGACUGAAAAGGUGCGUCAAACCUAUAAGUUUCAAAAUAGAAAAUUAAAGAAUUCGCUAAUCACUUUCGUGACUAUACAAUUUUUGAAAUUUUAACAAUUUUGUAGUCGAGAACGUUUUAAAAAUGCGAUGUAAACUGUGUUAAAAACAAUAUUCUUCAAAGUGCGUCAUUGUUUAUUUGUGACAAGUCACUUAAGUAUAUGAGUCGCGUUUCUUUAUUGUAAAGUUUGUCAAUCGCAGGCGGUGACUUUUUUACAGGAAAUUUGUCAUAGAUUGUGGAUGGGUCGUAUGGUUUUAUUAUUCAUUGUAACACAUCUGUGAUAGUAAAUAUUGUGAUUUCAGAAUUGACUAGAGA